AUGCCACAGGACGCGCGCUUGAUCUCCCUCAUCAUCGCCUCGAUGGGAAUCCAAGACAUUGAGCCCGGGGUGGAGAUGAUGCUCCUCGAGUGGGCCAAUCGCUACAUCCACACGAUCCUCUCCGACGCCCUCGUCUAUUCCUCGCACGCCCAUUCCUCCUCUUCCUCCUCUUCCUCCAAUCCUCAAAUCUCCCUCGCAGACCUCCUCCUAUCCGUUCAAUCCAACCUUUCCCACUCCCUCAUCCAACAACCAGCCAAGACUACCCUCCUCUCACUGGCUACAACGCUCAAUGCUUACCCCCUGCCGCCGGUGAGCGAUCGGUAUGGUUUGAGACUACCGCCGAGGGAGCAUUGUCUCACGGGAGUCAAUUUUGGUAUCGUACCGGAUGAGUUGGAUGAUGAUGAUGAUGAUGACGAGGAGGACGAGGAAGGAGAGGAAGUGGAAGGAAGUGCCAAGGCAGGGGACUCACGGCAAGGGCAAGGGCAAGGGCAAGGCGCUGGAGGAGGAAGAGACGAGGUGGGAGAAGAAGACGCAGAAGACGGACCUCUACCUGAAGAUGCGACAAUGGAAGAUGCAGCUGGCGCUGGUGGUGGUGGUGCAGCUAUAGAUAGCAGAGGCGUAAAGAGAAGUCUGGACGAGGAUGAGGACUACGACUAG